UGAAAGCCUUCCUACUCCCUGUCAUAGUUCUUUAAAGAUUUUACAGAGAUUUAUUUCAAAAUAAUAUGUCCAUUUAUUAUAGCCUACUAGUCAACCAGUUUUCAAUAUUCACCAUCAUCACUGAACCACACAGACCUGUUGACCAAUGUAAAAUGUAAUGUAACAAUGUUUGCACAUGUUGUAAUGUUCCAACACAACUCGCUCGUUCAGGACACGUGCCGACUGACACGAGGGGAAACAAAGACAAGACAAAUUAAUUUUAGUUACAAUACGGUUCACUUUCAUUUCACGAGGAAAAGUUCACUUUCAUUUCACGUGGAGAAGUACAGUUUAAUUUCACUGAUGGACACUCCCAUCAAUGCAGAGACCAAUAUAAAGGCAGAGACAUGUACUGUAUGUUGAACAAUAUACCGUCAAGAUGGUGAUCGAAGUCAUUUUUGUUGCGAUGUGCCUGCUUGUGUCUCAAGCAAAAGGACUGCAGUGCAUUACAUGCACUGAUCUGACUGGACCUUGCAGUGGACCCUCACAGCAGUGUCCCGCAGGUGCUGACUCGUGUGCCAGCAUCACCGCUGCAACUGUAGCAGGGGGUUCAACUGCUGAAGUAAAUGUCAAAAGCUGCGCCCCAUCUGCACAAUGUAUCAAUGGUUCCCUGAACUUAGGAAGUGUAAGGAUCAUACAGAGCACCUUGUGCUGUAACACAAACAACUGCAACACCAGAAGUCCUCCAGCUCCAGUAGUUGGCACGGCCAAUGGGAGGCAGUGUUUCACCUGUGAGUCGGCGGACUGCUCAUCAAGGAAUCAAUGUGCCGGUGAUGAGGAUCGCUGUCUCUCUGCAACAGUUAGUGCAGCUGGACAGAGUGCUACCGUAAAGGGCUGUGCUACCCAAAGUAUGUGCUCUGGAGGGGCUUCACAGUCGUUGGGCUCGGUGUCUGCGGAAGUGACCUGCUGUAAGGGGAAUCUGUGCAACAGUGCCUGGAGUACUACACACAGUGUCCUGUUCCUGCUGUGGCCUCUGGGCUCUGUUCUGCUCUUCCACUGAGCUGGCUUCAUCUCAGGGUGACCCCUCUGCUUGGAGAUGGGCUGCUAUUUUCAACACAAACUUGUUAAUGGCUGUUAAAGCAAAUAAACAAAGAUUUGUUUUCA